GACUGUAUUAUAUCUACAGUUUUUCUUAUAUAACAUUUUCUAUUUCUUUUAAUAAAUUUAGAAAAGGAUAUCUAUACGUAGCAACUGCCAAGUGAUGAGAUCCGGAAAUUGGUAUUGCAUAUAUUACGUAUUUUACGUUAUACAACGUACGCACUGCUGGAUAGAUGGUUGACGUUCGAUGCAUUAGAAAACUUUUUCAAAUAUAUUUUAUUGAAAUUAGAAAAUAAGAAAUUUAUAGAGCAAUAAAAAAUACACGUUAAAUUAGAGUAAAAUUUUAACAUACGUUUAAACAUUUAAUUAAUAUCAUAAAUAUCAUUAUUUCGAUGUUACUGCUUCUUUAUUAUUAGUAGUUGUUAUUUUAUUAGUUGUUAUUGUUUCCUAGCUUUACUUUAGUACUAUAUCUAUUUUGAUUUAAAGGUAUCCACGCAAUUAAUAUACUUCUGUAAACAUAUUUCUAUCGCGAUCAUAUCUAUUUUUAAAGCUAUUCACUAUCUUUCGCCCAUAGUUAUGCGACUUCAGCGACAAUAUGGACAAUAUACGAACUACAAACCCCCACUACGCGCCUAUUUUAUCGAUGUAUAAGAUUCUAUAGGUUACGCUUUUCUCUCGUAUAACCUAACAAUCGAAAUUCUCUAACAGAAAUUUUUGUAUCUAGUAAAAAUAGUAAUACAUCUGACAAAAGCGAUAAAAAACCAAAUACCAGAUUAUACUUCCUUAAAAUUAGUUGAAAUUAAAUAUUUAAUCUUAGACGUUUGAAAAGAGAGAACUUGGAUGCUUCCUCGUCGGAAUUCUAAAGAAGACUGGAUCGAUAAAUAUCAAAGUCAGCCGAAUUAAUUGUUUACCGUCAGAUGUGCGGAAAGAUACUUCCUGUUUGUAUCAAUGUGUUUCCGUUAUAUAUCAGUACUUCAGUAAGAAUAGCGACGUCUAGCGACAAAUCAUAGAUUUAGUACUACGUACUUCCAAAAAUGUUAGACGUAAAUGAAAAAAAGAAAAAGCAAAAUAAACGAAAAAGUAUUACUUUAGUAUUUGACGAGAAUAAAAGACGACAAUUUUUAGGAGGUUUUCAUAAGCGCAAAGUCCAACGACAAAAAAGAGCUCAAGAGGAAUUACAAAAGCAACUGAAAGAAGAAAAAAAAAGAAUAAAACAAGAUGCACGUGAACGUUACAAAAAAUUGUUAUCAAACCGUGAUGUACCAGAACUUGAGAAAUUAUUGUCAGAACAAGAAUUUGAAACAGAAAAUCACAGAGUUAGCAUUUUAGAAAUGGAUAUCGAUUCAUUAUAUGAAAAAAAUAAAUGUAUUGGAAUAAACAAAGUAAUUGACAAUAAAAAAGAAUCUGAAAAGGAAGAAAAUAUGGAAAUUGAUGAGAAAUCUACAGCAGAAAUUUCGAUACAGGGAAUGGAAGGAAAAAAUAUUGAAUCAGCAAAGGAUUUAAAACGAGCCAUUAAACAAGCUGCAUUAAAAGAAGUGAAAAAAAGUAAAGCAUUUCAACAAAAAAACAGAUUAGAACAUAACAAGAACAAAAGGCAAAGCAUUAAAAAAAAGAAAAAACAACAAAAAAUAUUAAAAAAACGAGAAGGGAAAUUUAAAAAAAAAGUGAAGCAUUAAUAUUUUUACUGUUGUGUACUUUAUUUUUUUUU